UGGCUCCAUUCUCACCGUGGGCCCCACUCUCACCGGCCCCGAAUACUAACCUCUCCCCCCCGACCCCGAAAACACAACCACCACCGGCGGAGAUCUACUCCCACUCGCCGCUGAUCCUCACCUUCCCUCCACCCGGGUCCGAGCCCCCUACAGUAGCGAUAGAGUGCAAUGAUGGAGAAUCAAACGUUUGGGUCACCAUGUGAGCCUGGGUCGGCAGACAGACUGGGCACAGAUGUUCAUACCCCAGUUCACAGCAAAAUGGUGGUGAAAACGCCAAUGAGUGCCAGCCUCCGGGAGCGGCUGAAGAAAACACGGCGUUCCUUCAAUGCUCCAUUUGUUGUGCCAAAGCGAUUGAAGGUUGACGGUGAGGACAGUGGAUGUUCAGAGACUGGGGUAGACCUUGGCAUCAGCCAGCUCACUGGUGAAACUCAUGCUGCUGGCAGGAGUGGAAGCAUAAAGACAGAGAGUGCUUGCCAGAGGUUAGUGGGUGGAAGACUGGACAUGAGUGCAGAGGGGGAUCGGCUGAGUCCAGGUGCAUCCAGAGCAGCCUUGCAACAUGCCUGGACUCCCGGCAAAUCACCGAGACCUCACCCAGUGACUGUGAGCACCGAACAGCAGGAGCUGCUUGAGGAAAAGGAUCGACUGCAGCAGGAAGUGCGAGAGAAAGAGGAUCUUCUUCGCAGAUUGAAAAUGGUUGAGAUGUACAGGGAGAAGAAUAAUUUGGCAGAACUGGGGUCCCUGAUAGAAAAAUGGAGGAAGAGUAGCCAAACUUUGUUGUACGAACUUCAGCAGACGCUUUCUAUUGAUAAUAAGCCCACCCUCAGGCAGCUCAUAGACAGCUUGGCCGUGGAAGAUCGACUCCUGCAUUACAACAGGUUGGAGGACGAAUUCACAGAUCCAUGAGAACCACAACGUCAGUAUGAUAAUACUUCUUGGCACUGUGAUGUAAGCCUUUUCUUUCCAUGCAAUCUGUGCCAUUCUGUGCAACAAUGAUGUGUGCUUUAUUGUAAAGGCUACUCCACUGGA